UCUACCGGCAGUUGUCUUCCUAAAAUAGCCCGCACUCCACGGCCUUAUAUGUGCAGGCCUGCAGCAUGUGCCUGAGGAGGCAUCAUGUAUCUAGGCCACACAAUACGAGCUGCAGGCUCAUUGUUGCUGCUCACCAGCAGGCCUAUCACCCCCCUCAGGGACCAGGCCUGUCUUUCUGUUUAGUGUCAGCUCAACAUGCAUCUCACUGAGCUCAACCGCGAAUGUCUCCUUCACCUUUUCUCCUUUCUGGAUAAAGACAGUCGGAGGAGUUUGUCCUUCACCUGUCAUCAGCUGCGUGAGGUCUUCAUGGACCCUCGCCUCUGGAAUCUACUUCACUUCAGCUCCCCGUGUGAGCUGAGAAGGGACAACUUUGUGCUGGGACCCUCACUGCGUUACCUGACUGUUUGUUGGUACUCCAGCCGAGUCCUGCAGGUGUGCAACAUCGAGGAUUGGCUGAAGAGCUCGUUUCAGAGGGAUAUCUGCAGUAAACAUGAACGCUUGGUCAGCAAUUUCCUGGCCCAGGUCUGCCUCAUGUGUCCAAACCUGCUCUCCCUGACCCUGUCCGGCUGCGGACACAUCACCGACCAAGAUGUGAUCUCUGUACUGCAGAGCUGCAGGAAGCUGCGCAGCAUCCACCUGGAGAAUUGCGUCCGCAUCACCGACCGCAGCCUGGAGGGUGUGGCGGCUCAAGGAGUGAGUCUGAAGGAGGUAAAGGUCGACUUCUGCAGGAAUAUUACAGAGGCAGGGCUGCAGGCCGUCCGAGAGAAGAGGCCAGGCAUUCAGCUGAGUGCAGAGAGGAGCGCUGGCAUGAUCCCGGACAGCAAACCUGAAGAGAAGGUCCCACUCAGAAGGACGCUGCAGAAGGUCCUGCUGUUCUCCUAAAGGACAUCCUUUUAUAAGGGGAGAAGCAUUCCUGUAACUUUGGAAAUAACUUACUGUGGUGCUUUUGUGAUGAUAUAUAACUGCUUUUAAGUGUUUAACAUCCUCUUUUUUAAAUCUUUUUAUAGAACACAUGCUAUAGCUUUUAGCUGGAUCAAUUCCAUUUGUCCAAACCAAAGAGAAAUCCUAGGUGCACUUACGAUCAAUACAAUUGUUUACACAAGUAGCCUUAUUAAUAAUUCUUUAUCAAAGCAUGAUAAUGAUAUAAAAAAAAGUCUACAAAUUAGGAUAUGAGACAGGUUGUAUAAGAGGUCUUCCCCCAUUGAAUGGACAAGAUGUCAUCACUAAAGUGCAGGGGGAACCCCCAUCUUUCUCUUCUUCCAGGUGGCCACACCACACUUUAUUUCAGGGUUUACAUCGAGUUAGUUUUAUGUUAGGAGGUGUAGGGGUGAAACCCAAGUUUAUUUAACCUUGUUUUGUCCUUUAAAGCUUGAUCCUAAGAGGCAACUGGACAUCGUUUAGGUUGAGGAUGUGUCACAUUUCUUCCAAAAGGCUCUAGAAAUUCUAAGACAGCCUACAGACGUUCAUCUCUGACAGCCACUCUCACAGAACGUUUAUCUAAGAUGCAUUAGAUAUCUCAGAAAAAAACCCAAAACAAAACAAAGAAAAAAACCUUAACCUUUCUAAAAAAAAAAAUCAGAUUAAAUGCCUAUUUAGAGAUAGGGUAGGGGUUAAUGUAAAAGAAUACCAAAAGGUGCAUGAGUCAAAAACCUAACCUGAGAAGUCUGAUAAAAAAAAAUGUUUACCAAGCACAGUAAAAAGUCUGCUUCCAGGAAUAAAAGGGGAUCUGGCUGCAGACUUCGAGCAGACCUCUUUGGUAGGGCAUUCAGCAGCAGAUCUCUACACUGGGAUGAUGACGUAGGCUAUAUUGCUCAAAUUGCAUAACUUGGUAGAAUUUUGAUCUUUUUUUCAUAAAACUGCUGCCAUGUAAAAAAAAAAAAAAACAACCAUUUACCGGCUCUGUCUGAAACCACACACUCAAUUUCCUACUCCCUAGCCACAAUAUAGUGAGCAGCAUAAAGUGGACUAUAUAGUGGACUCAACUGCAAAACACAGAAAUGAUUUCGGACACUACUCUGGCCGCGGGUAAUGACGUCAUCGCCGUCUCACAUUUAAAACAUUUAGCAACAACGGCUCGUAGAUUUCCAUGACAACGGCUGAGGAUCAAAAUUAACGGUAGAGUUUCACUCACAACAACAAAAUCAACAAACAAAAAAAAAGGCAUUAAAAAAGUUUUGAUAUGUGUUCCUGUGCUCCUCUCGUUUGUCUGUCAUGUUUGAGAGCAGCAACCUUCAUCGCCCCAGUGUAGCUAUAUAUAGCAUAGCUACAUAGCUAAACAAAGCAAUCAAAGCAGCUAUGUAAGCUACAUAGGUAUGUUAUCUACAUAGCUACAUUAGCUUUAGCCAUGUUUGCUAAAGCUCAUGUUGCUAAAGCUUACUUAGCUACAUUGGCUGUUGUUACAUUAAUUACGUAGCUAGCAUAGCUAUUUUAGCCGAAGCUAACAAGGCUAAAGCAAGACACUGCUCAUGUUUUUAAAAUAGGUCUCUGCAUAAUUCAAGUCUGGAUUAGAGCUCUAAACUUUUUUCUCUGCUUUAUUUGUAAAAUGUGUCUUAGUCUGUAACGUAUACAAUAUGGUUAUUUUAUGAAUGUAACUUCCGGACAAAAUUUAAUUAUGACUAAAUAAAUAAAUAAAUAAUCUAAAACUGGAAAUACCUUGACUGGCAAAUUACAGCAUCUCCAAGAACCUUAACCUAGUCAAUUUUCUCUUUUGGAUUGAAUUUUGGAUAACUAUAAAUUGGAUUACUGAGAACCUACACUGACAUCUUAUUUUGUCGUGUUUUUGUCAUUUAAGGAGUUUAAGUUUAUUGUACUGUAUCUUAGUUUUCUUGAGUUUUUGGCUGGUUUUCUUACCUCUCAGACUCACCUCCAAUGUUAUGUUGGACUUAAUUUAGCCUUAAAUUGAUUCCUUAUUAAUUUGUUUGUUAAUUUAAACUAAUAUAAUUUUUGUAUUUAUACAUCUCUUUGUUAAAAUGAAAAGUAAUCCCUGUGGCUGCUUAGGCCUUGGGGGAUAUGAGCCUUUUUCAUGUUGUGUCUUGCCUCCCCUAGAUGGAGCAUAUCAUCAUUAUUAUCUGCAUAGACCUAAAGCUGUAUGCAAUGUGUGUUGAGAAGUACGUGUGGGCACGAAUGGAAUGUACAUUAUUAUUUGUGUUUUUCACAGACAACAAAGCCUGUCUUAUUUAUCCUUUAAUGCUAGAGUUUCUGCUAGAGUACAUAUCGACUUUUUAAUGUACAAAUGGUAGGAUCCUUCACUCAACAUAAGGUUGAAAAAAGUAUUUAAAAUAUUUUCAAACCCUGAUUAUAUUCAAGCAUGUAGUGAAGAUAUCAGUCACACCUCUGCCAGAAGAGAGGCACACCUGCACUAUUAAAGAGGAAACAGGCAGACGAGGUCUGGUCACAGCCUGUGUCUGUCUGUGUUAAGGCGAGACAUGUCAGAGCCUGAGGAAGGGUUCUCAGAGGGCAAAGUGUGCCUGACCUGGGAUUGGAUUCAUAUUAUAUAAGACUGGGAGACGUAUGAAAGUAGGUUGAUUAGGUGAGUGUGUCUGUCUGUAAAGGCCAUGUGACUGAUAAACUGCAGACUGCUGCUGCAGCUGCAGGGUAGGCCUGUCCUAUCUGCAUCUCUGAAGAAGGACCUUUUAUUUUAUAUUUCACAUUAACACACACAUAUGACUGUAUGAAGUAAAUUUGCACUAUUCAGACUCAUGUCUUACUCUAAAUAUUUCUAAUGUUUGACUUUUUCUAUUCACCAUUUAAAAACUGUGUUUAAUUGAUUUUUUUUUACUCUCUGUAUUUGAUUGAAUUUUUUUUUCUAAUUAAAUUAUCAAAUGUUUGAAAAACCUUUUUCUUUUGCUGUAGAUUGGAUAAUAAACUUAAUGUCAGAUAUGAAUGAGUCAUUAACAUUUCUCAUCAUUUCAGAUUACAACUUCCUCAGAUGGGGUUUUGUUUAAAAAAAAACACAAUCUUUUUUUUAAAUGUCACUUUUUG